GCAAGAACCCAACAGCAUAAGCCCCUUGAGGACUGUCGGCCCGCGGGGAAAUACCCUUUACGCCAGAUUGCCAGUCCAGCACUGGGUGGAGGCUUUUACUGAGAUAAAGAAAGUCUAUAAGUGGAGUAAACACUGUAUUCCACGACGCUGUGCGAGACACUCAUGUGGAACAUGUGGACAUCCUUUGCUCUGGUGGCCACCUGCUACCUGUCCCUGGUGGCCGGGGACGUGGUGACCAAAUUCCAGGACGUCGCCGAAUGCCAGGAGUUUUUCCACCAGGGUAAGAUCCCUGACCUAGGGCAGGAGCGGCCCGGCGUGGUGCACAUCUGCCAGCGCUUCCUCAACCAGUACCACUUCGCCACGCUGUACGACACCCACAACCGCAUUGCCGUCUACUCGGCGUACAUCUUCGAGCCCAGCAAUGGAGGAGGCAGGGAGAAGCGCUGGUUCGUUGAGCCCCAGCUGGUAGACCCCUCCUGGCAUGGUGAGAUGAGAGAUGGCUACUGGCUCGGGCAGGACAACCCUGGCAUCUACCUGGGAGAGAAGCAGGCCCUGAAUGAAGACUACACACACUCUGGCUUCGACCGCGGCCACCUCAACCCCAACGGUCACCAUGCCGUUCCAGGACGCAACUCGACGUUCACCCUGACCAACGUCAUCCCCCAGAACCCCAAGCUCAACCAGAACUCCUGGGCAAACCACGAGUCCAAGCUGACGCAGCGGUUCCAGCAGUGCUCACAGGCCUACGUCCUGGUGGGCGCCAUCCCCUCCGCCAACAACUGGAUCGUCAAGAACAAUGUCAAGCGCGUCAACAUCCCCGAGUACAUCUGGAACGCCUACUGCUGCGUCAACAGCGACGGGCAGCCUGUCUUCAGCGGCGGCGCGACGGCCCUCAACACGGAGCAGAAUGUGGUGGUGGAGCGCACUCUGGACGAGAUGGUGGAGUUCUUCCAGCAGUACUCCGACUCACCUGUGGGGGAGCUGUUUGCUGCACAGUGCACUAUGUAGUGAGCAAACCAUGGAGUACAUUUCUCGAAACCAUAGUUGCUAACUACAUUAGCUACUUUGUUGUUUGCAAUGUAAUUUCCCAUUGGCAACUACCUAAGUUGCUAAGUGGCUAACAACUACGCUUUUGAGAAACGCAUCCCAUGCUUGUUAGUAGUUACAGGGCUCUGGAGCUCAGAAUGCGCUCGGAGUGAAGUUGUGAUGCUCAUGGCUUUUAGACUGAAAUAAAAAUGGCAUUGCAUUAUGCUGACAAGUG